AUGGUUAGAAAGAUACGGGAUGCUGAUAUCUUCUUAAACUUGCCGGUGUUGGCCCGGAUCCGAGUUGUGAUUGGCUGCUAUGCCGUUCCUACAACCAAAAGCCAACCCGUUGCAACAUCUACCCUCCCUCACCUCUCACAGCAACCAAAUCAAACAAUCACCAAAGACAAAACCCAGGCUACUGCCAUCAUGGAUGCCCCAAUUGCGAACGAGAAGAGAAAGCGGGCGGCAGGGGACGAUACAGCAAGGCCAACAAAAGCUAUCAAGACCGAGCUUGCGUCGCUCCAUGAGCCUGAAAUCGAAACGGCAGAAACAUCCCCCUAUUUCAAAGAGACCACCACCAAACAAGAAACCCAUCUUACACCCUACCUCCGCAAAAUCUCCCUCUCCGGUAAAACACCCUUCCAGAAGAGGGUCCUCACGGCAUUAUGUCAAGUCCCGUGUGGCCAAUACACCACUUACGGCAUCAUGUCGAAACACCUCUCAUCCAGUCCAAGGGCCGUGGGCAACGCAUUAAAGAAUAACCCAUUUGCUCCACAAGUUCCUUGCCACAGGGUUCUUGCUGCAGAUGGUGGGCUAGGUGGCUUCAUGGGGAGCUGGGGCAGAGGUGGAGAGAAGGGCAAGAACGAUGACAAGAAAUUGAAGCUGCUGAGGGAAGAAGGCGUAAGGUUUGGCGGAAAUGGAAAGGUUGUGGGGAAGGUCUGGGAUGGAUUCAAGUGA